AAUGCUUAUUGCACAUAUUGAAAACUACAACUCCACCUAUUUAUAGGAUCUCACCACCCUUCAUACACUUCCACUUCUAAAUCUUCAUUCAUUUCAUCAUAUAGCAAACCUCCAAUAAAGAUUCCUCUCACACUUCUUCUUCUUCUCGUUGAAGUUCAAAUUAAAACACAAAAAAUAAAUAGCAAAAAAGAUCAAGAAGGAUAAAAUGUGUAUCAGUAAUUCUACAGAAUGGAGUAGUGCAGCACGUCCUCUUUAUUUUUCUAUGCAGAAAAAACAAAGAGCAAAGAUCUCUCGAGUUCAAAUUCAUAGGCUUGCAAGGAGGAAGAGAAGUGAGGGAAAAGAAACUAAGAAGGAUAUAGAAAUGAGGAACUUGGAGCUUUACAUGGAAAAUAUGAGCAUUUUAGCGGAAAAUGAGAAAUUGAGGAAAAAGGCCAGUCUCCUUCAUCAAGAAAAUAUUGCUUUGAUGUCUGAAUUUCAAAAGAAAUUUUCUAAGUUUGAUAAAGUCUCCACCAAAGAGACCCCCAAUCCACCUACUCCCAAAUUGACAAAAUAACUGUUAUAUUAAUGAGAGAAAAGUGUGGACGAAAAAUAAUAUAUUUAAUAUGUGUACAUGUCUUAUUCAAGCUAUAAUGCUACUUCCGUUCUUCAUAAAUUACUUCGUUUUACAUUGU